GCUGGUUGCUUCCGCUUCUAGACAAACGCAACGUUCUAGUUGGGACGAGCCGCUCUGGCAAUCUGGUUGAAAAUUCUUAAUAGUACGUGUGCUACGAAUAUUGUGCGUUCGCAAGAAGACCGACCGCGCGCCCGCCCGCUGGCCAUUUCUUCCACACGCCUACGAGCAGCAGUUUAGCCGUCAACUGUGAAAACAAAGCUGAACCAGCAGCAGCAGUUUGUUGGAACAAAUAGAUACGUUAUUAAGGUGAAUAUAAGGAGCCGCGGAAGGGCGGAAAACACUUGCAUACUUACAUAUACAUACAUGUAUGCAUGUAUGUAUGUAUGCAGCUUUGGGAAAUAGCAACAAAAAUUGUGCGCACCACCCAGUGCGGUCAUAUUGGAAAAUUAGUUACUGUGCUGUGCAUAUUUCUGACUUCGCUGCAUAUUGAAAGUGCAUUGGUUGUACUAACUAGAAGUGCAAAUCCAUUGUGCAGUCAAUUACCCGACAAAACAACACAACCACACCAACAACAACAACAACAACUGCAAGUGCGGCAGCACUAACAAAAAACGAUAACGAAGCAAAAGUGCGAUAGUGAAGUAAAAAAAAAAAAAAAUAGAAACAAAAUAUCCGUCACAACGACGUCUACAACGGCGGCAGCCACGGCGUUCACAUCGGAUACGCCGAAUCAACAACAAAUUUCACGGCGACGACGUCGGCGAAUAGUCGACCCUUUGCCGCCGCCGCCGCCGCUGCCGCUGCCUCUAUACCCAACUACCACCAACGGCCACACCAUUACUACGACCAGUCGUGUCGGUCGACGCGUGCGCCUACCGGUGCACCUGGCGACAUCGGUGACGGCUACCAUAAGAACGGGAGCGUCAUCUACGUUGGCUCCGAAAAAAUUACGAACUUUGCGAAAAUUGCUGUCGCGCGGCAAAAGAAGGCACAUCAAAGUGCGCAAUGCUAACAGCGGCGUCAUCGGCAUUCAACCACAGCAACAUUUCAAUAAUAUCAUCAAUAGCAACAACAAUCAGAGUAGUAUCGGCAACAAUACAAAUGCCGAAAUAGCCGAUAGUGAAGAUGCCAUGAAAGUAAAGGAGCGCGAAAAAGUAAUGGCUGAUAAGAAUUCAAAUGAAGCAUUGGAGGUGAUUAAGGAAGCCGAAGCCGAAGGUGUCGUCCAACGAAUGAACGGAGCAGCCGUGGAUGCCUGCAAGUCGGAAAAUAAAGCUUCACCUUCACCUGCACUCCAGCAGCCUGCUCACGAAAAAAUGCUCUAUGAUACGCGCAUUCGGCGAAAAAAUGUGCUGGCACUCAACGAGAAAGUGGCAGCCAUACGCGAAUAUGAAAAAUCACCGGUCUAUAAGCGAGUUGGUCGCCUCUUCCACUGCAGUCCCGAUCAGAUAAAACGCAUAGUACAGCAAAAGGAUAGCAUACUUGAGGCAUGGCAACAACGUACGCGCCGCUGUCACGACGCCAAGACGCUCGAGAUGAAGGUGGUGCGUGUUUCGAUGUUGGGGAAAGCCGUUUUCGACUGGCUGCGACGUAUGAUCUACUACCAGGACAUACACAUAACCGAUGGACUCAUACAAAAGACAGCGUUGCAAUUCAAGAGUGCAAUGGGUCUGCAGAAUUUCUUUCCGCAUCAGGAUUGGUGCGACAAAUUUCGACAAACCUACAAAAUAUACACAAGUGAUAGUAAAUUGUUGAAUAUUGGCUACACUCAAGGGUAUUCGGUGCAAAUUAAGGAUGUCAUGAAGGAUGUGCUAAACGAGUGUACACCGGAUGCGGGUAAGGCGCAGCUGCGUGAUCAAGAUGAUGAUGAUGAUGAUGACGAUGUUCAGGAAAUAAAGGAAGAGCCUAAAAAUAGCGACAAUACUAGGGGGCGGCAAGAAGAUGGUGGUGGCGAGGAUAUGGCGGCAAAGCGAAGACGUUUGAAUGCCACUCAAAGUGGUACAAUUGGCAGUGCGUCAAAUGCUUCAAGCAGCACUCUAAAUGCAACUGGAAAUCCGCCCAUUAAUCGCAUAAAUUUGAGCAAAGUCAACAUGAAUACGCCCAAUAAGAAUGCAACGUCUUCUAAUAUGGAAAACAGAAGCGCUACACAGCCAGCGUUGCAUAAGGUGCCAACGUCACAGCUGCCACCAUUGCGUCAACUGGUCGCAUUGCCACUUCAGGGCAACGUCGCAGGCAUGCCGCAAAAGGUGCUCGUCGCCACGCCCAUUACACCUGCUGGUCAGGUGGCCGGCACAAAACCAAUGACAAUGACAAUUAUACCACUGGCGACCAUAGCGCAAUCGCAAAGCAUGCAACCGGCCUCGGCAGCGGUGUCAGCUUCUGCGACGGCAGCUACUGCCAAUGCGCUGACAGCUGCACUAGCUACAACAACGGCAACUGCAGCUACGCCGUCUUCAGAUGCGGAAAAGUCAGCCGUGCCAACGCCUAUGUUGGAUAUUAAAAAGGAAAUCAAGCAAGAGCCGGUUGAAGUCAAAGAGGAAUACAUUUCGGAUGCUGAAGGAGAAAGAGAAGGAGAAGCGGAAGAGGAAGUGGAGCCAGCGGCCACCGGGAAUCCACAACAACAACAACGAAGCGCACAUAGCAUCCUGCAGUCGGCUGCGAUUGCACCACAACGGAAUUCUAAAAAGCGUCAAACUAAUGCUUUUAACACCGAUGCUGACGCCUCUCCGUCGAGUAGUGGCACAACGGUGGCAGAACGUGAAUCGGCGGAUGAUGAAAAUAUCGCCUUGGCCAAUUUGCGACGACUCAUACAAACUCAAGGUAAAAUUGUAGCCACUUCAACGCCACCACCACCAGUUGACGUGCGUACUGCGAUAGCAGCAUCAGCGAUACCGCCACUUGCGCCAAAACCUAACCUACCGCCCGUAACAUUGACACCGAUCACAGCUGCCAUGAGCGAUCGCCAAAAUUUAGCAACUAUAUCGACGACUGCCAUUACUUGCAUACCUGCCGCCAACAUAUCUGCCAUGAGCGGAUCAUUGAGCUUCACUCCGCCCUUGCCGCCGUUGACGAAAGCACCAGAUGCGGUUAUAAAUCGGAUGGCGAAUAAGCGGAAAAAUACGGCAAAUGAUGGACCGAUAAUGCCGCCCAUCAAAAGUUGUUCCGAGGCGCGUAAAUACCUAAAGCUACUGGAAGACUUUGCGUUGGUAAAAGAAAAUUUUCGACUGAUCGGUUUGAUAACGCGCGCCGACGAAGUGCUGCGGGAGCUGGAUGGUGACGAUGAUGUCGAUGUGGAUUAAGGGCGAUCCGACGACGCUGGAGGGUUACUGGGAUAAUAUUUUUGUAAGGCUGUAUGCAAUUAACUUGUGUACAGAUGUAAGCACAUACAUACAUACAACAUACAUUCGUACGUAUGUACAUAUAAAUUUCGAUAUAUAAAAGUUACUGUAUCUAUAGCUUUUUCUAUGAGUACCAAAGCCGGUAAUUGUUACCAUAGUUUGUAAGUCAAGUGAGAAAGAUGAAUAGAAGUUUUCAUACACACGUACAUAUGUACAUAUAUGUGUACUUUGUUUUUUGUUCAAUGCAUAUGAAUUGAUUUAAUUUUAUUGAACUGAAUACCAUGAUACUAUUAUGAAUACUUUUAUUUUUACACACCAUGUAGGACAUUAGAAGUCCACUAAUUUUCAUUAAAAA